AUGACCCCUGACGACUUGGAGCAAUGUUUAGGAUACGAAGACAUUUUCCGGAAAUUUUCCACUACUUCCGGUUUGAACAGCACAAGUCUAACCAAAAGUCUGUCCGCCAUUGUCUACUCUGUUCAGGAGUCCAGUUGUCACCAUGACGAAGACGAAGAAGAGGAGACGGAGACCAAGCCGAGCUCGGCCGAAGCGUGGGGUUACGGCAUCGGAUCAGCGUCAGUGGUUGUUUUCAUCUCCAAUAUUGGACUGUUCUUCAAACCCUGUAUGCAGACUCGGGGGUUUCAGCGGAUAAUGUAUUUUUGUGUGGCCCUUGCUGUGGGGACUCUAGGAGGGACUGGGAUCCUUGUCCUAAUACCAGAGUCCUUAGGAAUGACGGGCGAGGACAGUCCAAUACCCGACUACAAGUGGAAACUGGUCAUGGUCAUCGUCGGCAUCUACGUCUUUUUUGUCAUGGAGAGAUCCAUCCACAUGGGCACCGAUAUGAAGAAGAAAAAGAAACGCGAAUUAUGCGUAGACACGACAGAACUAAAUGGUUUAGAAAACGGCGACUUCCCUGGCCAUUCUCAUGUGAAGCAAGAAGGGGGUGUUGCUGCUGUAGCCUGGACGCUUUUACUUGGAGACGCCCUCCACAAUUUUUCGGAUGGUAUCGCCAUGGGAGCCGCCUACACGGAAAAUGUAGCAAUGGGAGUUAGUGUUUCCCUGGCCAUCCUCAGCGAAGAACUUCCACACGAAUUGGGCGAUAUAGCCAUUUUGUUACACAGCGGGAUGACAAUCAAACGAGCCUUACUUCUAAACUUCUUGGCCGCGGUGACAAUAUAUAUGGGAUUGGUGAUCGGGAUCAUUGUGGGAGAGAACACAGACGCAAAUACAUAUGUCUUCGCCUUCUCUGGAGGAUUAUUUAUCUAUAUAGCGCUGGCUGAUAUGAUUCCGGAAAUGAAUAAUCAAGCCAAAUUUGCUGCCAGGGCUGGUAAGGACGGUACUAUGACAGUGUUUUUCUAUCAGAACAUUGGCCUUGUACUGGGAUUCGGUGUAGUUAUCCUUCUGGCAACAUACAGUUCCUACUUGUCUGUAUAGAGAGGCACAUUAGUAUAGGUUAAAUGUUUUACCAAGACGGAUAUUU